AGGUCAAUCAGCUGUCUCUUCUGCAAGCCGAAAACGCUUAUUAAACUUCAAUUAAUUUGGAAAACAACGAUGGUUAACGAUAAAAAGCGUCGCUCGCGAUCGCGGGAGCGGUACAGGGAGGAUCGACCGGUGGUGGGGAAUCCACGAGACCGCGAGCGGGACAGAGAUCGCGCGAGGGAGCGCGAUAGGCAGUAUGAGAGGGAGAAGGACAGACGCCAGCGCCGGUCGCGUUCCCGGGAGGAUCGCGGUAGACGAAGGUCACCCGAACGUCAAAGGGGCCGGGAAAAUGUCCGGGAACGGUCCAGAGAAAGGGGAGGUGGCGGACCAGGAGGAGGAGCAAGUGGUGGCGUCGAAAAGAAGGCCAAGAUGGAUCCAGCAGAUGGCCCACCCAAACCUUUAAUAGUCGACGAUGAAGAUCUGCAGGACGCCAGGGAGGACAAGUUAAAAAAGGAGCCACUCUCCUUGGAGGAGCUACUGGACAAGAAAAAACGCGAGGAGGAGGCCAGGAGCAAGCCAGUUUUCCUCACCAAGGAACAGAGAGCACUAGAAGCCAUCAAGCGGCGGCAGGAGGAAGUGGAGCGCCAGAGGGCCGCCCACGAUGCAGCCCGUGAGCAAAUGGCUGCGGCCAGCAAGGUAAGUAUCUCCAUGGGCACGGCCAUGGCAUCGGGAGCUCCUCCGCCGGCCAUCAUGGCACCGCCACCCAAACCAGAUCGUCGCGAAAGAGGAGGCGGACGGGAUCGGGGUGAUAGAAACGAUCGUGGAGAACGUGGCGACGAAAAGCGGGCCGAGGAUCUUACGCACAAGGACAAGGAAAAGGAACUGGAGGCCAUAAGAGAACGAUACCUGGGAAUAAUCAAGAAAAAACGUCGUGUCCGUCGCCUCAACGAUCGCAAAUUCGUUUUCGAUUGGGAUGCCGGCGAAGAUACCUCCAUAGAUUACAAUAAUCUCUACAAAGAACGUCAUCAUGUGCAAUUCUUUGGCAGAGGAAACGUUGCCGGCAUAGAUAUCAAAGAACAGAAGCGCACCCAGAGCAAAUUCUAUGGAGAUCUCCUGGAGAAGAGACGUACCGAAGCAGAAAAAGAACAGGAGAAAGUGCGCUUAAAGAAGAUGAAGCGGAAGGAAGACAAACAGAAGUGGGAUGAUCGCCACUGGUCCGAAAAAGAAAAUGAUGAGAUGACCGAACGCGAUUGGCGUAUCUUCCGGGAAGACUACAAUGUCACCAUUAAGGGUGGUAGGAUACCCAAUCCCAUUAGGAGCUGGAAUGAGUCUGGAUUUCCCAAGGAGAUUAUCGAUAUCAUCGAUAAAGUGGGAUACAAGGAACCUACGCCCAUUCAGAGACAGGCUAUUCCCAUUGGAUUGCAGAAUAGGGAUAUUAUUGGCGUGGCUGAGACAGGUUCCGGCAAAACUUUGGCCUUCCUCAUACCCCUGCUCUCUUGGAUUCAGUCCUUACCCAAGAUCGAACGUCUGGAGGAUGUGGAUCAGGGUCCCUAUGCCAUCAUCAUGGCUCCCACGCGUGAGCUGGCCCAGCAAAUCGAGGAGGAAACAACCAAGUUUGGCCAACCCUUGGGCAUACGAACUGUGGUCGUUGUGGGAGGUUUGUCCAGGGAGGAGCAGGGCUUCCGACUACGUUUGGGUUGUGAGAUUGUCAUUGCCACGCCUGGUCGUCUCAUCGAUGUGCUGGAAAAUCGAUAUUUGGUGCUCAACCAAUGUACCUACAUUGUCCUCGAUGAAGCCGAUCGUAUGAUAGACAUGGGUUUCGAACCGGAUGUCCAAAAGAUCCUGGAAUAUAUGCCCGUCACCAACCUGAAACCCGAUACCGAGGAGGCUGAGGACGAAACCAAGCUAAUGGAGAACUUCUACACCAAAAAGAAGUACCGCCAAACCGUGAUGUUUACGGCUACGAUGCCGCCGGCAGUAGAAAGAUUAGCUCGCUCGUAUCUUCGGCGACCUGCUACAGUCUACAUCGGAUCCGUAGGAAAGCCGACGGAGAGAACUGAACAAAUCGUUUACAUGAUGGGCGAGAACGAUAAGCGCAAGAAGCUCAUGGAGAUCCUCUCAAGGAAAAUCGAUCCGCCGGUUAUUAUCUUCGUCAAUCAAAAGAAGGGCGCCGAUGUGCUGGCCAAGGGAUUGGAGAAACUCGGCUACAACUCUUGCACAUUGCACGGUGGCAAGGGUCAGGAGCAGAGAGAGUACGCUCUGGCGGCUUUGAAAUCUGGUGCAAAAGACAUUCUGGUGGCCACCGAUGUGGCCGGUCGUGGUAUCGACAUCAAGGAUGUGUCGCUGGUUAUCAAUUACGACAUGGCCAAGACCAUCGAGGACUACACCCAUCGUAUCGGUCGUACGGGACGUGCUGGCAAGACUGGUUGUGCCAUUUCAUUUGUCACCAAGGACGACAGUAGUCUGUUCUAUGAUCUGAAGCAAUGUGUCACUGCAAGUCCUGUUUCAACCUGUCCGCCAGAGCUGAUGAACCACCCGGAGGCGCAGCACAAACCCGGCACGGUGGUCACUAAAAAGCGCAGGGAGGAGAAAAUAUUCGCCUAAAUUUGGCA